ACCGAGUCAAACCGAAUUAACCGAAACGAACCGAGUCAAAACCGAACCAAACUAGUAAUAGUUUACUUCGAUAAGAAAAAUUCUAGAACCGAAUUAACCAAACCGAACCGAACCGAAACCGAAUCCAUAAAAUAACCGAAGUGCCACUCAUAUUACUUAUAGUAUUUAUAUUAUGUUCAAAGAUAAUAAUCUAGAAUAAGUAGAUUACAUUUAAUAUUUAGUUUUAUGUUUGGUUUCACGUUUAAACACAGAAAUUAUUGAUUUAGUUCUAUAUUGGAUUUAGUUCACAUAAUUUAUUUUUUAUUUUCACCAACAUGAUGAUUUUAUGACCAUGCGUUGAUGUUUCAAAACAUGAUUUCUUUUAAAAGAACUAAACUAAGAAAAUUCGAUUAAACCGAACCGAAACACAAACUGAACCGAAUACAAACCAAACCGAACCCAAACCGAACUAAAUAUGGUUUACUUCAACUUAAAAUUUUCUAGACCCGAAUUAACCAAACUGAACCGAACACGAACCGAAUCUUUAAAAUAACCGAAGUGCACACCCCUAAUUUAUUCACUUAACAUAUGCUAAUAUUUAUGUAAAAGAAUAACUAUGCCUUUUGUGUAGGAAGCAAAAUGAGUUUGUGGUAUAUCAUCGUAGCAAUAAUAUUCUUUGCAUCUGUACUCGUUGCAAAGAAAACCAGAAAGACAGAGAAAAAUCUGCCUCCUGGACCACCAAGACUUCCUAUAAUUGGCAACUUGCACCAAUUAGGAUCCAAACCUCAUCGUUCCAUGCUCAAGUUAUCUGCAAAAUAUGGAUCUCUAAUGUCCCUCAAAUUCGGAAACGUGUCAACCGUUGUGGCGUCAAGUCCGGAGACAGUGAAGGAUGUCUUAAAGACCUUCGACGCAGAUUGUUGUUCGCGACCUUUUCUGACUUAUCCUGCAAGAGUUUCAUACAAUCUAAAUGACCUCGCCUUUUCUCCAUAUAGCAAAUAUUGGAGGCAAGUACGGAAGAUGACGGUUAUUGAACUCUACACAGCAAAAAGGGUCAAAUCUUUUCGACAUAUAAGAGAAGAAGAAGUUGCUUCCUUCGUCGAUUUCAUAAAGCAAUCUGCCUCACUGGCCAACCCGGUUAACAUGAACAAGACGUUGAUGAAGUUGUCUGGGAGUGUGAUUUGUAGAGUCGGAUUUGGGAUGAAUCUUAAAGGGAGCAAACUCGAGAAUACUUAUGAGGAAGUCAUUCAAGGAACCAUGGAGGUGUUGGGGAGUUUCGCUGCAGCAGAUUACUUCCCGGUCAUUGGUAAAUUAAUCGAUAGGAUCACAGGGUUACAUAGCAAAUGUGAGAAGGUUUUUAAAGCAAUGGAUGCAUUUUUCGAACAAGCUAUAAAGCAUCACCUAGAAGAUGAGAGCCUUAAGGAUGAUAUCAUUGGCUUGCUCCUCAAAAUGGAAAGGGGAGAGACUGGACUUGGGGAGUUUCAACUUACACGAAACCACACCAAAGGAAUUCUUCUUAAUGUGCUUAUUGCUGGAAUAGAUACUUCUGGCCACACGAUAACAUGGGUGAUGACUCAUUUGAUUGCUAACCCAAGAGUUCUGAAGAAAGUCCAAGCAGAGGUGAGAGAAGUUAUAAAAGAUAAAAACGAUAUCACAGAAGAAGAUAUAGAGAAAAUGGAGUAUCUCAAAAUGGUGAUUAAAGAAACAUUUAGGAUAAACCCACUUGUGCCGAUUCUUGUUCCAAGAGAGGCUUCGAAAGAUGUAAAGAUGGGAGGUUACGACAUUCCAAAAAAGACAUGGAUCCAUGUCAACGUAUGGGCUGUUCACAGGAAUCCAAAGAUUUGGAAAGAUCCAGAAGCUUUUAUCCCCGAGAGGUUCAUGGACAAUGAGAUAGACUACAAAGGUCUAGAUUUUGAGUUGUUGCCGUUUGGUAGUGGAAGGAGGAUGUGCCCUGGUAUGGGUAUGGGUAUGGCUUUGGUACACUUGACUCUUAUCAAUCUUCUUUACUGUUUCGAUUGGAAGCUUCCAGAAGGAAUGGAGGCAAAAAAUGUAGAUCUUGAAGAAUCAUAUGGACUCGUCUGCCCUAAGAAAGUUCCACUUCGCCUUAUCCCAGUUAUAACAACAUGGACUUGACUUCAAUGUAUAUUUUCAUGUUAAAAAUGUAUCCUUUAGAGGUUUUUAAAGGUCUUACCAAUAUCAAUAAUCAUUGAAGAAAUUCUUUGAUGAA